AUGGUUCCUGCCUCCCCACCUUCGUCAUCUGUGGCCAGCCCUUCUGUUACCCCAGCUCCUGCCUCCAACCAUCAUACUGCUUCUGGUCCUGGUCAAAGACCACUCAACAAGCCUCCGCCGAAGAAAAUGAAAAGAAAAGACCAGGCUGUAGCCGAAUUGCUUAACGCGAGACAGGAGGACCGAGGGCAAUUUGCGCACAUGUUCGAUAAAAUCGGUGAAGUUGAAGACGAAACUGAUUUAUUUUUUAAAUCGAUCAGUUUGACGGUGAAGCGUAUGAAUCAAGAUGUAGCGAAUGAGCUAAAAACUAAAAUAUUCUCACUUGUAAUGCAAUAUGAGUCAAUAAAUAGGCAUCGCCAGGAUUUACAAUUGACCUCAUCAUCAGGUGCUUCUUAUUGCUCAACACCAGUACCUGAACCAGAACCAGAUGGAUCCGAUGAGGUGUUUAUUUCAAAUGCCAUGGGAUUUACAAUCGACCAGUUUUAAAAUAAAGUUGAGAUAAUCUCACAAUGUACAAAAAUAUUUCAAAUAAAGAGGUUCC